AUGGAUGUUUUUUCAACGUAUAACCUCGACUACCUUCCAGAAAACAUUUUAAUUGACGUGCUGUCAUAUUUGAGCGUGCGCGAGCUUGUCAAAGCUGGGAGAGUGUGUAAGAAAUGGAGACGCCUUGUGAAGGAUCAAAAACUAUGGAGACUUGUUGACCUGACUACGUGGAGGGGGAUGACAUCCCGUAUCCUGUGGGUCCUACUGCGCCAGUAUCUGGGUUGUGGCCUACGGUGCUUACGCUUGGAGGGGUUGCUCCUCUCUGUCCGAGGAGGCACUUUCGUCUCUGAAGCUUGGCUUAAAGCAUUGUCUGCAAAAUGUCCUCGCCUGAGCAAGCUCUACCUACUGCACGCGGACUUGAGAAGCCUCCCUAGUUGCCAAUUGCUUCCGCCAUCCUUGAAGGUGCUAGAGCUGCAAGGCUGUGAACUGCCUCUGGGUUUCUUCAACCAGGAUCCACCGCCUUCAUCUCAAGGGAACGCACCGGCGACAUCAAGCGUCCAACAGAAAGAAAGGAGUCGAGAUGCGCCAUCAGGGAUUUCUAUUGAAUGUUUAAUCCUCAAAAACGUUCCCUCUUUUAAAGACCAGCACUUGCAGAGUCUGACAUCAUGGGAAAGGCUUAGUCGACUGGAGUUGUGUGACACCUUUCGUGUAACCGCAAACGGGCUCAGAGGCUGCGCUGCCAAGAAAGGAGUCUGUGGUAUGGAGGGUCUAUUCCGUCUCAAAUAUUUGGGAAUGAGCUUCACUGCACGGCAGGGCUAUCAGAGGCCCAUGGCCUCAUCGGGGCUAGGGUCAGGAUGGCUCGGACUACAGGAGCUGAGCCUCGGAGGCAAGGAAGUUUUACCCGGGCUCCUGUACGCUAGUCGCCUAAAGGACCUGAAACGUCUCUCUCUGAAGGCUUGCACUCUCGGCGAGAAGCAGAUCGUGCAUAACUGCAAAAAACUCCGUGAUCUCCACAGACUAGAGUUUUUAGAUGUGGUCUUUCAACCGCAGCUGUGCCCACCUGAGGGGGAGGACGGUGGCGAGGGUGAGCGGCAGGAAGAGGAGGAAACUGCAGGCGGCGAUAACGGCAGCAACGAAAGCAAACCGGAUCAACUGAUCCAGAAUCUGAGUCGCUCGCUGGCUGUCCUGUUGCCGUGCUGCACACUCUCCUUCAGCAAUUGCUCUGUUCAGACAAAUCCAGAUUAA